AUGUCUCCUAAUAAUAGACAAACUGAUAAUUUUAAAGAAAAAGUUCGCAGUAAUUUUUAUAAAAUGUGGUGUUAUUACGGUUGUGCAAUUAUAUGGAUUAUUUUUGGUUUAUACGUGUCUCAAACCGAGCUAUUCUCGAACAAACUUAUUAGUAAAAUAACCGAGGCAUUAUCACUGCGUGAAGAUUCAAAAAUAUACAAAGCAUGGAAGUCACCUAUGCAGUUAACUUUUACGUGUCAUUUCUUCAAUGUUACCAAUCCCGAUGAAGUGAUGAGUGGAAGUAAUCCAUAUUUCAAUGAAGUUGGUCCAUUUACUUAUGAUGAAAUACUCGAGAAACAAAUUAUAGAUGUGGACGAUGCGAUGGAUGAAAUUACAUAUACAACAAAGUCUAUGUACAGUUUUAACAAAGACUUGAGUGUGAAAUUAUCUGAACAUGACAAAAUCACUAUAUUAAAUCCUGCAUACAUUGGUACCAUGUCGAUGCUCUCCAGCUUACCUGCUGGAUAUAUAGAAAAAUAUGGUAAUAACAUACCGAAACUAUUUCCAAACCGUAGUUCCAUUUUUCUGAAAGCUAAUCCUAACGAUCUGCUUUUCAAUGGAAUUAAAGUUUCGUGCGAUUUAAGAAAAUUCCCUGAAUUGGAUGUGAUAUGCAAAACAUUAGGCAGUAAUCUGCCACAAGUGUUGAGAAAAACCGACAAGCAAGAUGUUUAUCUACUCAGUAUCUUUCAGAGGAUAAACGCUACUUUUCGUGGGCCAUUUUCUGUUAACAGAGGUGUUAAUGAUAUAAUGAGAUUAGGAGAUAUAACAUCUUAUAUGGGAAAAAGAAAACAAAAAAUAUGGAACUCUGAAGAUUGUAAUAUAAUAAGAGGAACUGACUCAAUCAUUUGGGCACCAUUAAUAAAACCAUUGCCUUUUGUUUCAACGUUUAUACCAGAUUUAUUUAAUAUACCGUAUCAGUUAUCAAGAUGUAUGUGUAGAACAAUCGAAGCGGAUUAUAAAGAUGAAAUUUCGGUACGAGGUUUAAUUGGCUCACGAUUCGUCAUGAAGGAAAGGACAUGGUUUUUAAACACGACGCAGUGCUAUUGUUUAUUAGAAAAUAAAAUACCAAAAUGUUUACCACAAGGCUUAAUCGAUGUCUGGGAAUGUCAGAAACUGCCGGUAAUCUUAUCAGAGCCACACUUUUUACACGGUGAUCCACAGCUGUUGAAGUACGCAGGUGGUUUAAACCCUGAUGACAGGCUGCAUGAAACUUACAUCAUUAUCGAACCAUAUACCGGAACGCCUCUUUCUGGACAGAAAAGGAUGCAACUAAAUUUAUAUUUGGGAAAACAGUCAGUAGAGUUGCUUUCAAAUGUCAGCGAGGGAUAUUUUCCGCUUAUAUGGUGCGGAAAUCGAAUGUGGUAG